AUGGUUGGAGGUUCCUCCUCUACAGACGCCAAACACUUUCCCAAUGGCAAGUCUCCUGGGAGGAAAGCCGGCCGUCCGAAGCCGUUGAAGCGUCGGAGCCUGCAUGGUAGCGGUGACUCAACUCCACGCAUCCAGAGUCCGACCGACACCAAACCCAAAGAGAAGGAGAUGGCGGCCAGUUUCUUGCAAUACUGCGCCAUGUGCGAGAAACAAAUCAUGACCCCGUGCAACUCGAUCCUCUACUGCAGCGAAGCAUGCCGGCGCAAGGACUCCGCCAAACCUCUGUCGGCAUCCUCAAUCGCCUCGCCUCCACAAGCAGCCUCUACACCCUUGACGCCACAUCAUACAACCAUCGCCCUGCGCACGUCCAGCGCGUCUCCUCCUCCUGUCCACGCAACGCCUGCUCUUCGGAUACCUGCCGACAUCCACGACGCCAAGUCAGAUCUUGACCCAACCGAAUGGAAGCCCAAGUUACAACGUCGCACCAACUCCGAGGCGUUUCAGUAUCUGUCACGGUUCAACCUGACCAUGAACGGAUCAGGGUCGGUAUUUACUUCUGAGACCGAAUCUCAUCAUACUGUCCAACCACGGAAGCCGGAGCGACCGGCCAAUGUGCGGCACAAAAGCACCGCGAGCAUGAGCAUGAGCACGAGCGGGAUGACCACCCCGAGUCUGGGCAACACGCCGACCACCACCGCGUCCAGUUUCGACAGUUUCUACUACGACUUCAACUUGCGGCCUCUCCCGCCCCGCCAGAACCCGCUGUACUCGACCAACGCGGGCACCUACAAGGGCAUCGACUUGGUCACGCCUCACAUCCCGCCUCCUGUUGUCAACGUGGAUGGGUAUGUUGCGGAUGUCACGCACGACCUUGACUUUUGGGGCAAGAAGCUUGUCGUGCCGGGCUCCACUCCACAGGGUAAUGGGCUUGGAGCGCUCUUUGGGAAGGACCAAUGA